AUGUCUGCUAACGAUUUUUACAGUUCAGGUCAAAGUGGUACCUAUGAUCCAAACCAAAAUCAAAACAGGGGUCAAAAUAAUCAAUACCAAAACCAAGCUCCUAUUAACCAAAGUCAACCUCAACAACAACAACAACAACAACAAGGUGAAAAUGGUGAAAGAGGUUUGUUGAGUACUGUUAUUGGUGGUGCCGGUGGUUACUAUGCUGGUUCAAAAGUAUCCAAUAAUCAUUCUAAAUUAUCUGGUACUCUUGGUGCCCUUGGUGGUGCUUUAUUAGCAAACAAGAUAUCUAACACUGCAUCUCAUCAUAAUAAUCACAAUAACAACAAUAAUAAUUAUGGCCCACCACCUAAUCAAGGUCAUCAUCAUGGUGGUGGUCUAUUUGGUAACCGUGGUGAUAAUAAUAAUAAUAAUGGUCCACCUCCAAACCAAGGUGGUUGGGGUGGUCCUCAAGGUUACCAGCAAGGUGGCCAAGGCGGAUGGAAUAAUGGUCGUCAAGGUGGUCCAGGCGGUCCAGGCGGUCCAGGCGGUCCAGGUGGUCCAGGCGGUCCAGGUGGUCCAGGCGGCCGUUGGUAA